AUGUAUUUUUGCAGCCACUGUUGGGGUAAGUCGCCCUUUUUAUCCUCUAUUCAUAUCAUUGAACCUGGAAACAAUAUGUGUAUGCCUGGUUAGCUGACUUUGUUUAAAAUAAGUACAUAACAUCAAGAAUAAUACAUAUUUGUUCACUUGUCCAAAGGUUUCGUCAUGGGUCGGAGGUCAGAAUGUCCACUUUUCAAACUCCCUCAGCAGUCAAUAAUUACCUCUCUGUCAUUGGUGGAUUGCAAGAUGACCUCCCGGUGAAGCGGCUUUAAAUGCGUCGCAGCACUCCUGCAACAAUCUUUCCACCAACAAGAAACGCCAUGUCCACCUUGAAGGAGAUCUGCCGUGCUUUUCCUCUGGACCCAUUGCCGCCACGCCGUGGACGAGACCCCGAUGUGCCCCAUGCGCCCGUUCGGACGCCAAACCUCUCAGCCGAAGAGGAGCGGCUGGCACUGAGAAAUGCCCUGCGCUACUUCCCCCCGGCCCAUCAUGCAACACUGGCACCAGAAUUUGCUCAAGAGCUGCGGCAGUACGGGCACAUCUACAUGUACCGCUUCUGCCCCGCGCUACGAAUGAGGGCAUACCCUCUCCAUGAGUACCCGUGUCGCACACGCCAAGCCGCCUCCAUCAUGCUGAUGAUCAUGAACAACCUGGACCCAGCUGUGGCCCAGUUCCCCCAGGAACUGGUCACUUACGGAGGAAAUGGACAAGUGUUCAGUAACUGGGCCCAGUUCCGCCUUGUGAUGCAUUAUCUGAGUGAGAUGACGGAGGAGCAGACGUUGGUCAUGUACAGUGGUCACCCCAUGGGUCUCUUCCCCAGCCUGCCUUCCUCACCUCGCGCCAUCAUCACCAACGGCAUGGUCAUUCCGAACUACUCAUCCAGGGAGCAAUAUGAACGGAUGUUUGCUCUCGGCGUAUCAAUGUACGGGCAAAUGACCGCCGGCAGCUACUGCUACAUUGGACCUCAAGGCAUUGUUCAUGGCACUAUGCUGACGCUGCUGAAUGCUGGUCGAAGGUACCUAGGCUCCGGUGACCUGAGGGGGCGUGUCUUUGUGACAUCUGGCCUGGGAGGUAUGAGCGGCGCCCAGGCUAAAGCUGCUGUCAUUGCGGGGUGCAUUGGCGUGAUUGCUGAGGUGGAUGAGGCUCCUCUCAGAAAAAGACACGAGCAAGGCUGGUUGAUGGAGGUGAGCGACGAUAUGGAUCACUGCAUCAAACGCAUCAGGGAAUGUAGAAGCGCAAAGACUCCCCUCAGUUUGGGUUACCAUGGCAACAUUGUGGACUUGUGGGAGAGGCUGCUUCAGGAGCACCAGAGGACCGGUGAUCUCCUGGUGGAUUUGGGCUCAGACCAGACCUCCCUUCACAACCCCUUCAAUGGAGGCUACUACCCAGUCCAGCUCAGCUUCCGUCAGGCCAACCAGCUCAUGUCCACGGAUCCCAGUCGAUUCCGCAGCAUGGUGGAAGAAAGCCUGCGAAGACACGUGACCGCCAUCAACAAACUGUCGGAAGCCGGCAUGUUCUUUUGGGAUUAUGGAAAUGCAUUUCUACUGGAAGCCCAAAGAGCUGGAGCUGAGGUAGAAAAGGUUGGUGGAGGAGCCACAGAAUUCCGGUACCCGUCCUACGUUCAACACAUCAUGGGGGACAUUUUCUCUUUGGGCUUCGGUCCGUUUCGCUGGGUGUGCACAUCCGGCGACCCCCAGGAUCUGGUGGUGACCGACAACCUCGCCGCCUUGGUCCUGGAGGACAUCGGCGCCAACGUGACGGAUCGAAUCAGGCAGCAGUAUGACGACAACAUCCUCUGGAUCAGGGAGGCUGCAAAGCACAAAAUGGUUGUGGGAUCACAGUCCAGAAUUCUCUACUCGGACCAGAAAGGAAGAGUCGCCAUUGCUUUGGCCAUCAACCAAGCUGUUGCGGAUGGAAGAGUUUCAGGCCCUGUGGUCAUCAGCAGGGACCACCACGAUGUUAGUGGUACCGACAGCCCCUUCAGAGAGACUUCCAAUGUGUAUGAUGGUUCUGCCUUCUGUGCAGACAUGGCAGUUCAGAACUUUGUCGGCGAUGCGUUCAGGGGCGCCACCUGGGUCGCCCUGCACAACGGCGGAGGCGUUGGCUGGGGCGAGGUAAUGAAUGGAGGGUUCGGCCUGCUAUUGGACGGCUCCGAGGAGGCGGCAAAGCGCGCCUCGCUCAUGCUCAACUGGGACGUCUCCAACGGGGUGGCUCGUCGCUGCUGGUGCGGAAACGACAACGCCUACCAGACUAUCCAGCGCACCAUGGAGGAGGACCGGACACUGCGGGUCACCAUGCCUUUUCCUGUACAGGACGAGCACGUACUGGAGCGUGCGCUGCAGGGAUAGCUGACAUGUUGGCGUACUUUAAAAGGGAGCAAGUAAGCACUGGUUGAGGCUGUUCAUGUUAUGAAAUCUCACAUCAUACUGAGAUUUGUCUUAAUAUUUGUUCCCUUUCAUGCAGCUAAAUAACCUGUCAUAUAUUAAAACCACCUCUCAGUAUGAUUAUGUGCUAUUGUACACCACAAUAAUACAAACGCCGUGUCCAUAUGAGUUGUGAAAUUGUGUUAAAUGUAAAUAUAAACGGAAUACAAUGAUUUGCAAAUCAUUUUCAACUCAUAUUCAGUUGAAUAUGCUACAAAGACAACAUAUUUGAUGUUCAAACCCAUAAACAUUUAUUUUUUUUUUACAAAUAAUCAUUAACUUUAGAACUGACAAAGAAUUUGGGAAAGGUGGCAAUAAAUACGGAUAAAGUUGAGGAAUGCUCAUCAAACACUUAUUUGGAACAUCCCACAAGUGUGCAGGCUAAUUGGGAACGGGUGGGUGCCAUGAUUGGGUAUAAAAACAGCUUCCCCAAAAAUGCUCAGUCUUUCACAAGAAAGGAUGGGGCGAGGUACACCCCUUUGUCCACAACUGCGUGAGCAAAUAGUCAAACAGUUUAAGAACAACGUUUCUCAAAGUGCAAUUGCAAGAAAUUUAGGGAUUUCAACAUCCAUGGUCCAUAAUAUCAUCAAAAGGUUCAGAGAAUCUGGAGAAAUCUCUCCACGUAAGCGGCAUGGCCGGAAACCAACAUUGAAUGACCGUGAUCUUCGAUCCCUUAGACGGCACUGUAUCAAAAACCAACAUCAAUCUCUAAAGGAUAUCACCACAUGGGCUCAGGAACACUUCAGGAAACCACUGUCACUAAAUACAGUUUGUCGCUACAUCUGUAAGUGCAAGUUAAAGCUCUACUAUGCAAAGCAAAAGCCAUUUAUCAACAACAUCCAGAAACGCCGCCAGCUUCUCUGGGCCCGAGAUCAUCUAAGAUGGACUGAUGCAAAGUGGAAAAGUUUUCUGUGGUCUGACGAGUCCACAUUUCAAAUUGUUUUUGGAAACAUUCGACAUCGCGUCAUCCGGACCAAAGGGGAAGCGAACCAUCCAGACUGUUAUCGACGCAAAGUUCAAAAGCCAGCAUCUGUGAUGGUAUGGGGGUGCAUUAGUGCCCAAGGCAUGGGUAACUUUCACAUCUGUGAAGACACCAUUAAUGCUGAAAGGUACAUACAGGUUUUGGAACAACAUAUGCUGCCAUCUAAGUGCCGUCUUUUUCAUGGACGCCUCUGCUUAUUUCCGUAAGACAAUGCCAGGCCACAUUCAGCACGUGUUACAACAGCGUGGCUUUGUAAAAAAAAAAAGAGUAAUUUUUAGUCCAAAAUUGGACAAUUUAAAGUCAAUUUGAAUUAUUGGGUUCAUUAACUGAAUAAAAAUUAUAUUUUUCAGAAGAAUAAUAGCACAGGCAAUACAUCAGUGGUUCAUGUUUUGACACUUUUUCACCUUUUUAUGUGCAGCGGUUGAGGAGUAGAAGAUUUCCAACAGCUUCCGUAAUGGUGUCAAUCAGAUUUAUAUGAACCAAUUUGUAUUAAAGUAUGCAGACUACUGUGCUUAUGUUUCCAUCAAAAGGCCACUGACAAAUUAAAACAUAUGCUUGUACUGUAUAUAUUUAAUUUGUUCUAUCAUCAUCUAUCAAUAAUCCUAAGUACGUGUCCCUAAAGUCUGGACGUAUAAUAUUGUACAAGAAAAAGGUUUCACUCAGUUCAUUAAAAAGUAAAAAAAAAGAGAUUAAAAUUUUAGAAUGUAAUAAUAUAAUGAAUACAGUACAAACUGCAUAAUGGAGAAUGAAAGUAAUAAUAAUAAUACCUUCUGGAUUUUUUUUUUUAAUUUACAACUGAUAUUAUAAUAAUAAUGUAUAAGACUAAGUUAACUGUGAACUUCGCCACAAUUUUUUUUUUCAAUGCUUUUACAAGUUUGUAUUAAAGGCUUCUUAUAUUUCACAUGCACAACACAACAUACAAAAAUACACAAGUAUUUGAUGCCCUCUUUUCACACUGAAUAAAUGACACUUUGAUCAAAAUAGUCAUUUAUUGUAUAACUGUGUAAAUGUCUCAACCGCUGCAACUUCUAAGUGAAAAUGUGUCCAAUUAUCCAUUUUCCCUCCCUGAUCAUGUGCACCUUACUGUUAUAAGGUGUUACAUUUCCACUCAGAUGUCUACUGUGGCAUUUUCUAUAAUUUUGUUUCCGACACAGAUUCUUUGUCAACAUUUUGCCUCAAUUUUGGUAUGCAAACACUGUUAUUGUACAACCAAAAAGGAGUCUGUUUGCCCGCGUGUCCAAGCAGUAUCACGCGUUGGUGCCUCAAAUUUUUUUUUAUACUGCGUACAACUGCGAAAUAGUGCCAGCGCUUUGAUAAAGAUGGUGAGAAACACUAUUAAGAAGUCAAAAGGUGCCGUCCGUGUGGCUCUCUUCUCUUCUCCCUCUCCACUCAUCGCUGUCCUUCCCAACACGUCUUCAAUAAAGUUAAACGUGAUACUGAA